AUGUCCAACCAAAACAUUGCGAUUUUAUCAAGUAGAAUAUACAACAAUCAAACCAAUAUCAAUAACCAACAACAACAACAACAACAACAAACCAUGUCAAUACAACAACAACAACACAACCAACCAAAAUUGCCUUCAAGCAACCCCCCAGACUUACACCAUCCCCGCCAGCACUCGAUCCAUAUUGACGACUAUGACGAAAAUGGUGCCAGACCUAACGGCCAACUAUCAACCUCUUCUCCUGCCGGCAUUGCCGCUGCUUCUGCCGUAACCCCCGACAAAUUAGCCAACUUAUUAUUGACCCAAGGUCCUUUAGCAAUCCGUCAUUUAACCUCACAUUUGGCCAACUUGAUCCCAGGGUUUGCCCAUUUAUCCUUGUCAAAACAACGAAGAUUAAUUAUCGCUGCCUUGGAUUCCGGUGACCCAAUAACCGGCUGUAUUUUUGAAAAAGUCGGCUGGGGCCAGUGGGCUGCUAAAAAAAUUGGCUCCGAAGCCGUCAAACAACGUCAAUUACAAAUGGGGGGUCCCAACAGUACACACAAAAUUAUCGAUAACGAUGAAGGUGCCGAGGAUGAACUCGACAAAAUUCAAGAUUUACGUGACUCCUCUUCACCAAGAAGAGACUUGACCAAAAGCUCUUCUCCUCCAAGUAUCAAAAAACCUUCCGAAGCAUUUGGUUGGUCGAAACGUCGUGAAUCGAUCACUAACCAAUCAAACGACGUGCAUGCCACAAGUUUACCACAAUCUCCACGCUCCAGUUUCCACAACCCAAAAAAGCUUUUGAAAUCUAGUAAUUCAGCCACCGCUAAUGACGACGCAAUCAUGUCAAGUUCUGAUGAAGAAGAAAAUGGUGUUUUCAGCAGUGACGAUGAAGAAGACGGGUUGAAUAAUAAAUUCCAAUAUCACGAAAUUAAACCAAUGUUACCAGGAGCUAUUCAACCAAGAAGUCACUCGCAAGUCAUUUAUUCUACUUCUCCGUUAGGUAAUGCCUCGGCGGGGCCAUUUAUCCGUCAUAAUAGACCACUGUUCAGUCAUCAUGCCAGUGCCAAAGGGGUUUCUAAACCAAAAGUUAGAAGUAGAUUAGGAUCUUUCAAUGGCAAUAACGGCUCAAGCUCUUUGGAAAUGACCUACGAGAAUGGGGAAAAUUUGGAUGAAUUAAUGAAAUUCAGAAAUGGCAGACGUCAGUCAUUCAACGAAUCAUUUAUUAGAGGCAAAUCUCCAAGCAGUAACACUUCAAAAAGAAUCAGUAUCAGCAGUAUUACUAAUGCUACCAAUUCUCCUUUGUUGAUGAGUCCUUCCAGUUCCAUCACCAACGCGGGGACUCAGCCGAUUACAAUUUCCACUCAUCUUCAACAACCUACUUCUGCUGGUCAUUAUUCAAGUCCAAUUGUUUCUCCAUCUUCAUCGCUUGCUCCAAACACCAGUUCUACCAACAGACCUUCGGUAUCCACAAUGUCGACCACCAACUCUAAUUCAACCUCUCCAAGCUACCAUUCUGAUACCGAUGAAGAAGAUUGGGCUUCCAUGGGGGCAAAUAGAGUCGCUCAUACCGUCACGACAAUUGAAGGGUCGAGUAGCGAAAACACUAAAGGCAGUAUUAGUAGUAGUAAUGGUGGUGGUGGUGUUGAAGAAAAUGGAGCUCAUAUGAAAAAGAAAAAUCUCGAUUUUAGAGAAGAAGCUGCAGUUUAUGCUUUGGUUAAUUUGGGAUCUGUAUAA